UUAUGCCCUUAUGGCGGGUAGGAGUGUUGGGCCAGUAACCGAAAGGUUGCUGGAUCGAAUCCCCGAGCUGACGAGGUAAAAAUCUGUCGUUCUGCCCCUGAAUAAGGCAGUUCACCCACUGUUUCCCGGGCGCCAAUGACGUGAUGUCGAUUUAGGGAUGUUUUUUUGCAACCGGCUGUUCUGUUCUGGGCACACUCCUGUGAGCCGAGCAGACGCCAAAUGAAUCCACUUCCCUUCUCGAGGAGAAGAGCACUCUUUCUCUUUCUCUCACUUCCUGUAUGGCUGAGCAAGGCGGUUCGAGUUCUUCACAUUGAGUUACCAAUUUAUUUUCUUUCUUUACUUUAUUAGGUCUAUUUGACAGGGACAGUGUAUAUUUAUCAACAUUUCUGUAAAUGUGCUUGAUUUAGCCAGCCGGGGGAUCACUUUCAUUCGUAGUCCCUUGGACAUUGUACCACCACUACUUGAAAGGUAAAAGUGAAGAAGUGUAGUCGUUUUCUUUCUGUGUUUCUAGAAGAGAUGUCCUAGCUCCCCUGUGCUUGUCGUUAUUCUGAUCUGAGACCCACCCCGCGGCAUUGUGAUCCUCGUCAGUCAGUGUGUCUGUUCUCCCAGAAGAAAGUAGCCUACUGUAGCUGCUGUGUGUUGACUGCUACUCAUGAUGACUGACUCUACUAUGGGGCUGCGUUUGGGACCAGGACCAGGGCCGGGACCAGGCCCGACCUCUCCGCUGAAGGAGCAGCAGCAAGGCUGGAACGCGGCCCCGCGGUGGGAGAUGAACCGCUAUACCACCAUGAGACAGCUGGGGGACGGGACCUUCGGCAGCGUGCUCAUGGGCAAGAGCAACGAAUCUGGAGAACUGGUGGCCAUCAAGAGGAUGAAGAGGAAGUUCUACUCGUGGGAUGAGUGUAUGAACUUACGAGAAGUCAAGUCUCUGAAGAAGUUGAACCAUGCCAAUGUAGUGAAGCUGAAGGAGGUGAUCCGAGAGAAUGACCACCUCUACUUUGUCUUUGAGUACAUGAAGGAAAACCUCUACCAGCUGAUGAAGGACAGACAGAGAUUGUUCCCUGAGUCAGUGAUCAGGAACAUGCUGUUUCAGAUAUUACAGGGACUCUCCUUUAUCCAUAAACAUGGUUACUUUCACCGUGACAUUAAACCAGAGAACCUGCUCUGUAUGGGUCCAGAGUUGGUGAAGAUAGCUGACUUUGGGUUGGCCAGAGAGAUACGCUCCCAGCCUCCCUACACUGAAUACGUCUCAACUAGAUGGUACCGCGCCCCUGAGGUUCUCCUGAGGUCCCAGUCCUAUAGCUCUCCUAUAGACAUCUGGGCAGUGGGCUGCAUCAUGGCAGAGCUCUACACACUCAGACCUCUGUUUCCUGGAAACAGCGAGGUGGACGAGAUCUUCAAGAUCUGCCAGGUGCUGGGCACCAUGAAGAAGAUAGACUGGCCCGAGGGCUACAACCUAGCAGCCUCGAUGAACUUUCGUUUCCCCCAGUGUGUCCCGACCAGCCUGCGCUUGCUGGUCCCCAACGCCUCCAAUGAGGCCCUGGUUCUGAUGAGGGACAUGCUGCAGUGGAACCCCCAGAAGAGACCCACCACCAUACAGGCUCUGAGGUACCUGUACUUUCAGGUGGGCCAGGCGUUGGGUCCUCCACCUCAGUACCUGGAGGAGCACAAAUCCCAGAGCAGGACCGCAGCAGCUCAGCAGGCCUCCUCUACAGAGCCCAAACCUCUCCCCCUCUGCAAGGCCGACCUCCAGACCAUCUUAGAGACCCAGCCCCAGCCAACCCAGGGACAGGGCAGGGUUCAGAACCACCAGCCCCUCCAGCAGAUCCACCAGCCUCAACACAACACAGACCAUCACAGACACUCCAACACAGACUGGGAUGGACACAGCCAGCACCAGUACCAGCCAUCCCCACUCAGCCUGGUCAAACACACCCAGCCACAGAAAGCCACUCCAGCGGGGUGUGAGAACACCAUGUCAGGGUUCCGGAACGGUAGGAGGCGGUGGGGACAGACAUCAGUGAAGGCAGCAGACACCUGGGAUGAGGUGGAUGACUCUGACCUGGGCAUCUCCUUCUCCAAGAAACCCAGCAUCGCAUCUCUCAGGGACAAACACCAGGACAACGACAACUACCGGUCUGCAGAGCCCAAGUCCAACACGUCAUCAGUGAAGCAGCACUAUCUGCACCAGUCCAGAUACCUCCCUGGCGUGAACCCUAAGACCAACAAGAGCAGCUUUCAGCAGCAGCCUGGAAGGAGUGUGUGGGCCAACUCCUCUUUAACCAGGGCACAGGGAGCAGGACUGCCACUUACUAAAGAUAACUUCCUGAGUAACACCUACAACCCUGCCAGCAGUAGCAGUUACACGUCAUCGUUUCAGAAGGAGAUGGGAUCAGCUGGACACAGGACCCAUCACCUAGCAACCGUAGGAGGCAACUCUGCUAAGUACGAGGGAUGGAAGACCAAGUCCAUGAAUCCUCAGAUCCCUGGAUCUUCUAGCCUCAACAGCAACAGUGGAGGGAAGAUCACCUCGUCCAGACCUCCUCCUAUCCAGCCUGUUCACGGACGGGUGGACUGGGCCACCAAGUACGGAGGAGGCCACCGGUAGCACAGCCCACUAUAGCCAUAUGACUGAGAAGAGUACCCAUUGACCCCACUAUAGCCAAAUGACUGAGAAGAGUACCCAUUGACCCCACUGUAGCCAUAUGACUGAGAAGAGUACCCAUUGACCCCACUAUAGCCAUAUGACUGAGAAGAGUACCCAUUGACCCCACUGUAGCCAUAUGACUGAGAAGAGUACCCAUUGACCCCACUAUAGCCAUAUGACUGAGAAGAGUACCCAUUGACCCCACUGUAGCCAUAUGACUGAGAAGAGUACCCAUUGACCCCACUGUAGCCAUAUGACCGAGAAGAGUACCCAUUAACCCCACUGUAGCCAUAUGACUGAGAAGAGUACCCAUUGACCCCACUGUAGCCAUAUGACUGAGAAGAGUACCCAUUGACCCCACUGUAGCCAUAUGACUGAGAAGAGUACCUAUUGACCCCACUGUAGCCAUAUGACUGAGAAGAGUACCCAUUGACCCCACUGUAGCCAUAUGACUGAGAAGAGUACCCAUUGACCCCACUAUAGCCAUAUGACUGAGAA